CGGGAACCUAGGAAACAGCUGAUUGUGUUGUCAAAUAGCUGUCAAACCGUUGGUCUUAUUUAUUUUUGAAUCAAAUUCUUGGCGAUUUCGGGCCCAAAUCGCGUAGUUAGUUGAAAUGGGGCUUAAUGACUUUGUAAAUUACGUCGUGUACGACAACCCGGUGUCAAAAACUGUCAAGUCUUACGUUCUACCCGAUAAAAUGCCGCUUCCCCCACAAACCGUCACAGUGAUCCACGAGACGAAGCCGUUAUGGAAACUGGCGUCUGAGAACGGCCCUUUUGUGCGCUUGGCGGGCUUGAUGGGGGCCUCGGCCGUCGCUUUGGGGGCUUACGGGGCCCACAGGUCGUACCCGAAGGACAGGGCCGAUGAGCUCAAACCCAUCUUCGAAACGGGGAAUAGAUACCACUUUUUGCACACUUUGGCUUUGAUGGGGGUACCGAUGUGUAAAAACCCAAAAUUGAGCGGGUCGUUGAUAAUUUUAGGCACAACGCUGUUUUCAGGAGCUUGCUAUUACCACGCUUUCACAGGGGAUAACAAAUUUGGGAGACUUGCACCCGUGGGGGGAACUAUCCUAAUUGUGGGGUGGUUGACAAUGAUCCUGUAAUUUUUCUAUUCUGUGUAUAUCCUAGUCAUAAUUAAAAUUUAGGUAAUUAUUUUGUUUACGUGUGAAGUAUUACAUUUUGGGUUGGGCGUAAUUUUAAAGUCAUUGAAAUGUCCCAAUAUAUAGUAGUUUAGCUAAUUGUAAUAAAUGUCACUCAUAAAAGACUAAGAAAAAAACUCAAACAGUGAACACAUUGAUUAUUUAAGCCAUUAGUGUACAAAUUAGACGUUUGAUUCCCUCAUAGCCUGUGAUUUAUUUUAAUUGUAUUGAGUGUAAUACACUUUGGGAUGUUGGUA